AUAGCAACAAGAUACAUUUUUUUUACCAAAGGAAACAUCUGUUGGUGCUUGUUGAUGGGAGCAGAGCGCAGGGUAAAAUAUGUCAUCUCUGGACUCAACGUGACCUUCUGGAAUACUUGCAGUUCCUAACUGAGUGUGAAUAGUGGGAACAUAAUAAAGUGACUGUAUGGGAUUUGCCACUGAUCCAUUCUACUGCUAGAUCAUCUAGGAUGAGUGAUGAUGGUUCAGGUGAAAAAGGAGUUUGGAAUCCAGUUCCUUCUACCAACACAAAGCAAAAUCCCCACACCAGUGAUCAAGACAUAAUCCAUGGUCACAACAGUGCCUCUGACUGCGAAAGCCCCAAUGACAAGUCUUAUACCAGUUGUAGCAGCUGCUCGCUCAGGUACAACUUGCCUUCAGGUGGAUCUGAUGGUGGAAAUAUACAGAAGACAUCAGAAUUCCCUAGAAAAGAUCUCAAGGAGCAGGAGCAAACACGUCCAAACACAGAGAUGAAACAGAACAGAGAUUGCAACACUAAAUCAAAAGCUGCAGGAAGCAAAGGAUUUUGGUGGAGCAAGUCAUUUCCAUGGAAAAGUUUAUAUUCCAAAUCUCAACAGCUACAGGGUGCAAAAGCAGAAAAUGCCAUCAUAGAGCGCGUCUCCUCAGCACAACUUCACAAGAUUAAAGCACUGUCCAGUGAGUUACACAGUGUUCAGCGCAUGUUGGAUGAGGCGAGUUCUGAAAACAAGUUACUGACACGCCUGCAGCAUAGGCACACCAAGGCUCUGCAGAGAUAUGAAUCCCCAGAGAGCAGUGUGCACCAACUUGUUACCAGACAUCACAGCGAGGUCAGAGCAUUGAAAGAGAUCCUAAAGUCCUCGCAAGAACGUGAACGGUAUUUAUCAAAGAAACUUAAAGAGGCAGAAAGUGAAUUGCUGAAGACAAAUGAUCAGCUACAGAAGUUGCAGAAACUCUCAGAAGACAAGAACUUAGCCGAGAGGGACGAGCUGAGCAAUAGGUUAUCUGAACUUGUAAUGAAGAUGGAAAUUGAUGAAAAGAAAGUAAAGGCACUGGAGAGACAGCAUCACCUGACAGUUAGCUUCUAUGAUCGCCAAUUAUAUCUAGAAAGAAAGAAGUUGUCUGACGCCCGGGACACCACCCAAAAACUGCAAGAUGAGAUUCUGUCCCUGCAGAAAAAGAUAAAGGAAAAGGACAGAGAAUUGGAUAUAAAAAAUAUAUAUGCCAAUCGAAUGCCAAGAGACCUAUAUAAAUAUGAGAGCCUGUUUGGUAAGAGAGGACUGACUUUGACAAAAAGCACCCAGACAAUGAGUGACAUGUUAGUACUAGAUCAGCAAAAUAUAUGUGUGGUGGAAGAAGGAGCCGAUCUCCAAGCCCAGAGCAAUGAAUUUGAAACUGACAAAGGAAGAGAGGAAGAAAACAAUUCUGAUUCUCAGAGGACAAAUGAAGACACCUCGACACAUGACGUCCAGCAGACAGAAGAAAGUUGCUUAUUGGAAACCGAUUCAGGGAAAACGGAGCAGUAUUUUGAAAAUGAAACAUUAGAAGAGGAACUAGACAAGCUUUUGGGUAAAGGACAACAGGACCCCCUACAGUGUACGAACAGCCGGCACGAUGAGUUGUUUCAUGAAAAUAAAUUUAAAACAGGAGAGGGAAGAGGAGAAUCAGGCGAUACCUUUCAAUCUAUAUCAUUCAUACCAAGGCUCAGAAGGAAUUACAAAUUCACUGAAGCUACUGAAAACCUCCACCAAGGUCUUCCAGCAACUGGACCACUUUCUAGCGUAAGUAGUGUCCGCAGAAAUCUUAUGUUUCACGGUGACUCAAGUCUUGGCCUUGAACCUUCUUUUUCAAAAAACAAGGCCAACAAGUGGAAUGACGUCAAGGAAGACAAGACAGAAAAAAGAGCAGAAAUGUCCCAUCGUGACAAGAAGAACAUGCUGAUGGAAGAACUCUUUGGACCUAGGUACAGCUUCAAAAACUAGUUUCAUGUAUAGUAAUGGUUCCUAAACAAGAAAAUAGCUAAAGUCCAAAUAUAAAGCCAGGUCAUCGUUAUGCAAUUUGCAAAGGUUCUGUAAACAUAUUCAUUAUGAAAGAGUUUAUUAAUAAAAUGUUCUAACAUAUUCAUGCUUUACAAUAGAUAAUUGACAUUUAAACUUAUGACAAACAAAUAAAAUGUUUAAUGAUAAAUUAAUGCACAUUACAAGUAUUGCCUAUUUGUUUACUGUAUUGAUUUUCUUUGACUUACUUUACAGUUUAAAUUGUAAUGAAUAUUUAAUUUGUGGUUAUAUAAGUUUUUGCCUGUAAUUAUUACUACUAGCGUUGGCCCACGUCUUCGCUUACGUAGAUGUCUGUAAUUGCUCAGCGGAACUAAUUUUACAAAGACAGUAGUGCCAUCUAAUAUUGUGAUAUAUAUU